CUCGAGGAGAGGUCAUCCUAUUUUGCUCAAUUCAUGGACCUAUCAGAAGUUGUUGGAUACAAUGUCAAAACAUCUUACAUUACGACAGACGCUCAUUUUAUAAAAUUCCGGACAAACUUUGAGUCAUUUAUGAACGACACAAUAAGCUACUAUGACCGACUCCUUGACGUCAGAGAACGCGCAGACCAAGUCAAUAACUGGUCCAUAUUUGAGGAAAGUAUAAAGUCGUAUGCGAUUGUGAUUAAUGAUAUCAUUUCUGUUGCUAUUACUUAUGCUCAAGUCAUAAAGAAUGAUGCUGCAGUGAAGGUGC